ACCCUUUAACAUAUAGACCAGCCUGACCAGGUGUGAGUAACUGAGUAUGAUAAGAACGAGGAUAAGAAUCAUUAUUCAUUAAUAGUUUUCUUUAUUUCCAGAUAGAGUGCAAUGGGUUCCUCACGACACAACAAGAAGCACAAGACUCACAAACAUAAACAUAAGAAACAUCAUCACAAGUCAAGCCACAGACACAAGAGAGAUAAAAAGAGAGAGACCAGCAUUGCGAGCAGUAUGGAUGAGGAGACACUCCUUCACAAGGCACUAAUGUCCAGUGAGUCAUUAGCACUGAGAGCACCUUCAGAUGAUACUGAUAACAGCACUGACGCUGCUACUGGACAAAUUGACCAUUCAAUUACUAAUAUUGAUGAACGUACCAGUGGAGGAAGACCCAGUAAUGAUAGUACUGAGUGUGUUGAUAAUGAUGAAGGAACUUUAAGGACCGGUUUAGAACUGGAGGGAAAUACUGAUGAACUAGGAGAAGGAGGAAGAAUGAAGAGUAGCUCAGAGUCUAAGAAGAGAAGACAUAAAUCAAGAGAAAGAAAGAAGAGAAAAGGAUCAAGAGAAAGGAACAGAUCAAGAUCAAGGAAUAGAUCAAGGAAUAGAUCAAGAUCAAGGAAUAGAUUAAGAUCAAGGAGCAGAUCAAGAUCAAGGAAUAGAUCGAGAUCAAGGAGGAGACAGAAAUCAAGAGAAAGGAGAUCAAGAUCAAGGAAUAGAUCAAGGAAAUCAAGAUCAAGGUCAAGGAAAAGAUCAAGAAGAUCAAGGUCAAGGAAUAGAUCAAGGACUAGAUCAAGGAGAUCAAGAUCAAGGACUAGAUCAAGGUCAAAGGGUUACUCAAGAGGUGGUAGAAGAAGUAGAUCCAGGGACAAAUGGAGGAGUGGUCAUUUCAGUGAUUCAAGUCCAUCAGAUCAUGAUAAAGAUACUACUAAUCCAUAUGCCUCUUAUCCAAUACCUGUCAUUAAAACAAAAGCUGAUGUCAUUGCUGAAUUCACUGCUUUCUGUCGUGACUUGUCUCAUGAUAGAAAAGACACUAAAACUGUUGAGUAUCAUCCAUUUGAAUUGAAAGAAGAGACUAGCAGAGAUAAUGAUAACAAGACAUCAGUGGUGUCAGCUACUCAAGUAUUGGUUGAUUUCAAUGCUGGUAUUGACACACGACCUGUCGAAAUGAGGUUUCCUGUAUCUGCUGGUAUAGACCAUCAAACUAAUGACACUGAAGAAGAAAUACCUGCUGCUAAUAAUAGCACUAGCAUGUCUGUAUCUGAUAUUAUUUCUGAGAGAGCGUUAAUUCAACAAAGACUAUUAAUUAAUCCAUCAGACAUUGCAGCAGCUGCCAUACUUAAAGAAUUGGAUACUAAAAUGAGUAAGUGGUGUCAAGGUAAUAUAGUACCAGGUAGGUACACAGGUGUUACUAUGGUAACACCAAUGGACAAGGGAACUCACAAAAUGGGACUACAGGCCUGGGCCAAAAAGAAAAUGUUUUAUGGUUUGAGACCAGUACGAGAAGGAUUUGGAAUGAAAAUGUUAAAGAGAAUGGGAUGGAGAGAGGGCCAGCCGUUAGGUAAAGGGAAAGAGGGAUAUAUUGAGCCAAUUCCUGUUGACGUGAAAACAGACAGACAAGGUUUGUCGACAGAAGAGGAUAAGAAAGUCAAUACAUUAACCACAUCAGUUCCAUCUACUGACAGUACACCAUCGUGUCUACAAGGUAAGCAUCCAGUGUGUGCACUGCAGGAGUUGUCAGUUAAGAAGUUGUGGGAUCCUCCAUCUUAUGAGAUUGUUAGUGAAACUGGACCACCACACAUGAGAAUAUUCAUAUACAAAGUAACUGUGAAUGGUGACACAUAUCAACCUUCUUGUGGUACUAGUAACAAGAAAUUAGCUAAAGCACAGGCUGCAUUAACUUGUCUUAAGUCACUAGGACUGAUAUCUAAUGACAGUAAAUAAUAUAAUUACUUCAUUUUCCAUGAAUUAAUUAAUUUGUUUAUAAAUAAUUGUGUCUAUCAACACUUUAUUCACAAAA